AUGAGAGACAAUGAUCAAGAUAUGGGAGUCCCUGAAGAUGAUGAUCCGCUCUCCCCUACGAUUCCGUUCUCGACUGCUGAGCUGAAGAGUUAUCGAGGGGAGUGGAGAUCUGCAUUGAUUAUCAAAGUUCUUUGGUGUAUGUUCCCUUACCCAGUGUUAUCAAGGAGACUCAACAUGUUGUGGGCUAAGACUAGGACGCUUCAGAUUGCAAACAAGUCCCAUGGAUACUACUUCGUGUGCUUUACGAGUAAGGCAGACUAUGAUAUGGCCCUAACAGGAGGUCCAUGGAUGAUAGGAGACCACUACUUGACAACACAGAAAUGGAGGAAGGGAUUUAACCCUAGGAGCAGCGAAAUCACGUCAACGUUAGUAUGUAUGCAAGUCUCCAAGCUUCCUAUUGAGUUCUUCAACCCAGCGACAGUGUUGAAAAUUGCAAAAUGUGCGGGGAAACCAAUUCGAGUUGAUCGUGCUAUAGAGCUAGGAGCGAGGGGAAAAUUUUUCCGGGUCUGUGUUGAAGUUGACCUCACCAAACAAUUGCUCUCUCGCUUUAAGAUCGAGGGAAUUGAGUAUGAAAUUCAAUAG